AUGACCUGCGAAGAUUGUGCAUGCUCUCAAGCCUGUGGCAGUGCCCCCUCGGCCAUUCUUCCCCACAAGCCAGCAGCUCAAAAGGCUAGUGAAUCUAGCCCACUCUGGUCUACCAUACCUGCAAGAGACAGCAACGACCAGACGUACGGCUCAGUGUCGUCGACGGAGCCCAUGCCAUCUUCGACGGACCGCCUGCCACUCACAGCUCCCGGACGGUGUGAGGGCAAUAAUGUCUUCCGAGGAGGAGUCUGCUGCCGCGAGCUCAAGGCCAGCGAUCAGAGACGCCUAAUCAAUCCGGACUUGGUCAGAGAUGUGAUCAUUGGCUUGAGCGAUGGUCUCACGGUGCCCUUUGCGCUCACCGCCGGCCUCUCUGGGGUAGGGUCUACUAGGCUCGUCGUCAUUGCUGGCCUGGCAGAGCUGGUCAGUGGUGCCAUUUCCAUGGGCGUCGGUGGCUUCCUCUCUGCCCAGGCCGAGCUGCAACACUAUGAAUGGACCAAACGUCAGACUCGCGAAAGGAUGGCCCGCUCCUGCUCCAGCGCGGUGACAGAUGAGAUCAAUGACAUUCUGAGCCCUUACGGCAUACCGACCGAUGUAGCAGCACUCGUCGCAUCCAAACUGCGUCUGUACCCCGACGAGGAAGCUGAGGAGAAGGGCCUCACCCCCUUCAUCCUUCGUCUCGGCGAAGGUCUCGAGCCCGUAUCGACGUCAAGAGCGUGGCAGUCUGCCGUCACCAUAGGCCUUUCUUACUUCCUGGGUGGCCUGUUGCCUCUCUUUCCUUACAUCCUUCUGGACACGACAAGGACGGCACUGUUCACGUCGAUCGCAGUGACAGGGCUGGUGCUGAUGAUUUUUGGCGUCUUGAAGACCAAGUUCACAGGAGGCGAGGAGGGACUCAAGGGGUACGGCUACGGCGCCGUCAGUACAUUGGCUGUGGGCGGCCUAGCUGCUGGAGCUAGUUGGUUGAUUGUGCGAAGCUUGGAAGGUGCAAAGGAAUCACAUUUGUGA